CUCACCAUCGUAGCCGUUCCCCGCCGUCUCACUCUCCUUCUCUUCCUUCUUGUCUAUUCAAUCAGAUACCCUCCUUCUUGCUUUCCUUUUUCCUGCUUCAUUUGUACCAACAACCCCUGGGUCCUGGACGUUUCGAUUACCCCAUCUACCGUGAUGGCCGAAUACGUCUACGCCCUGCACGACUUCGUGCCCGAGCACGAGGACGAGGUCCCUUUCCGUGCUGGGGAACGCAUAGAGGUCGUCGAGAAAGACGAUAUGUAUGGCGAUGGCUGGUGGCAGGGUCGCAACCUCUCUGGCAAAGUCGGCCUGUUUCCUAAGAGUUACACGCAACCCGCGCCACCAUCAGAGCCUCCGGCCCCUCCAGCACCAAUGUCGGACGUAUUCGACGGCGGUCGUUCUAGCCCCAAAUCGAGCUCGCUUCAACCCCUCCAAGAAGAACCCGAGCCUGCCUCCGUCAACGGCUCAGCAACUCCUAAUGGCGCCACUUCCGUGAAAGGCUCAAGGGAAAAUGGCGAGGUCAUGCGUGCUACGAUGACGGAUGUACAGAAGGCUAUCGAGCAGCUUGGGCACGACGACUUUGACGGCACUCGCAGCAUCGCAUUCUCGAGUCUCCGUGAGGGUGACUCGACCGACCACGAGACCGAGACGGACACGGACGCCGAAGGGGACAAUUUCUACAAGGACGCUCGGCAGAAACUGGCCGAAAAGGCAAGAAAGCAAGUAGAAGAGGACAGGGCGCGCGAGGAGGCGGAAACACAGAGGUUGACGAGGUCAUCGGUGCCCCCAAUCGAGGUGGAAGUCAGUGACGAGAGCGAAGACGAAGAGGAGGAGCGUGAAGUCACUCAGCAUCGGCGAAAGCAUCCCCAUAUCUUGGAGGAAGAAGACGAGGACGACACGAGACAUUUCUCCCCACCCAUACGGCCUGUACAGGACAGUGGCGCCUCUAUCGAAACAUCUACCCUCAUCGUCCCUUCAGAAGACUAUGUCGUUUCCUCACCCCACCUCAAGGAGGAUUCAGAGCUACCUACCGCUACUCAAGCCACAUUCCCUACCACAGGUGGCGACGACAAUAAUUCGCGAACUUCGGAGCGGCCAUCGUCCGCUUCCCUCCCAAGUCCUGUGUCGCCGACCUCGAACAGGCCAGGCUCUCAUUUGUCGGCCGAUGACCAUGGGAACAGUUCCACGUCUCUUCAGCAGCACUCUACCCUCUUGGAGAAAUUUCCUUCCCAGACAUUGGCCGCUCCUGUCCAAACUGGCACUCCCGUUUUCCACGACUUUAACGGCGUUCUUCCAUCUCCUGCCGCUUCGUCAACAGGACGCCGUAGCAAUCCGCCUCAACCAUCUGAAACGGCAUUGUCCCCCGUAUCUGGUAGAACAUUAUCUGUUCAUCCCUCAGAUUGGAGCGUGGAUGACGUCGUUGACUGGUUAAGGUCGAAAGGGUUUGACGAGAGCGUCUGUGAGAAGUUCAUCGAACAAGAGAUCUCGGGCGAUGUAUUACUUGAAUUAGACGUUGAUCUCCUCAAGACAGAAAUCGGCAUUCUUGCAUUCGGAAAGCGCAAACGUAUCGCGAACGCCAUAACAGAACUCCGUCGUCCCCCUUCCGUGAUUUCCUCCGAACACAAUGCCACCCGUUCGCACUCGCAGUCUCAGUCGGCGUCCUACUCACUCGCUCCCAGCUCGGCGCAACAGUCAUUCAACAGUCCAUAUACAAUGGCUCCGAGCUUGAGCCCCGUUUCGGCUGCAAGCCCUCAGACUAACGGCUUCAUGGGUGUAGGAUCGAUCAUGAGUCCAGAUAGUCCCCCUCACACGGGUGAUAUUGCUGGGACGCCGGCGCCGGUUCGAACAAGACGAGACUCUGAUCCCGGGGUCAUGUUGGAUCUGGAUGCGGACAGGAGCAAGGCGACCAUUGGGCUAGGGAUAGGCGGCGUAAUGGAGUCGUCAACACAGGCUAGUGUCAAGACUAGCAAGGGCCGUCCAUCGCAGUUGACGCUAUCGCCCAGCGACAGCGCUCUGGGCGUCAAGGCAGUAUCCGGUGCUACUGAAGAGGCUGAGGAGGAGCGCGUUGUUCUCAGUGAGGGAGAGACGGCAAAGAAUCCCGAGGCAAGAACCAUGAGGAGACGCGUGUUUGGUCGCUCCGAGUCGACUUCUUCCAAAGACAAAGAUUCGCCCGGCCGCAACGCUAAGGAACCCUCGACGCCAAUAUCCAGCGUUUCGCCUCUCGACGACAAUGUCAGCAAGCAUGGCAAUCGUAAACGCAGCAUCGAUGGGACCAGAGGUUCAGACCGGCUCAGUAUAUUUGGCGGGGCGUUUACGGGCUCACUGGGCAAGACGAGAAAGCCGCCACCGAGAUAUUCUGCCAUGGUUGAUAACGCAGAUUUGUCUCCGGAGAAGGGAAGUCGGACGCUUUCGCGACUGUAUCCAGGUCAUGGGCACCGGAAAACUUCUGGUCGCCCUUCCACAUCGGACGGAGUCAAACCCAAGGACGAGAAGAGAGAUUCAAAGGAGUCGAAGGAGUCGAAGGAGAAGUCUCCAAGGGAUCCAGCUGUCCUUCGAAAGCGAACCUCUUCUGUGGUUGAACCUCCACCUCGCAAUGUGGCUAUUCUCAAGGCCGGACAGAGUUUUCUCGAACAAAUCGGUAGCCCCGACCACAACGGAUGGAUGCGUAAGAAAAGUGACCGCUACAAUACGUGGAAGUCGCGCUAUUUUGUCCUCAAGGGAUCACAUCUCUACUGGCUACGAAGCAAUAGCACUGCGGAAACCAAGAUAAAGGGCUAUAUUAACAUCGUGGGGUACAAGCUGAUCACGGACGAGAAGGUGGAUCCUGGACGCUAUGGUUUCAAGAUGAUCCACGAGAGCGACAAGACGCACUUCUUCAGUUCCGAAGAACAGAAUGUGAUACGGGAGUGGAUGAAGGCGCUCAUGAAGGCGACGAUAGAUAGAGACUAUACCAAACCUGUCGUGUCGUCUGUCAACAUACCUACCAUCCCCCUCACUGUGGCUCAGGCGAUGAACCCCGCACCACGACCACCUUCGCCGACUGCGCGCGCGGCAACUCAGAAAGCGUUGCGGCGAGAGAAUCCUCAUCAGCUUUCCACUCGUGAUGCGCAGAUUCUGAUGAUGGGGCUUCCAUCAUCGAGCAGUCAGGCGAGCACGAAAGACGGAGAGCGUGCGAGGUUAGAUUCGUUUUUCACAAACGAAGCUGCGGAAACUCCUCUCACUGCCACAACCCUCAAAUCCAUGUCCCCUAAUUUGUCUGCUCCUGCGAGGCCGUCGCGAGAGAUGCGUCGGUUUGGUUCAUUGCAGUCUGACGCUGCCAUUGAGCCGAGUUUGAUUGAGUGGGCCAACUCUCAUCUUCCUAAGUCUUUGAAAAUCGUCGAUACCACUGGGCCAGCAGCCAGCGGAUUGACUCUUCUCAGACUUGCGGAAGAUAUUAAAGGUCGGCCAUGCUCCCCGCCCGUUCCUGAUUCCGCGUUCCCAUCGGGUCCGAAUGACGAUAAGCUCGACGGUCUCUUCCGAUUAUUUGACUUUCUCCUCGAUAACGAUGUCAAGAUGGGAAGUGUAAGUAUCAACGAUGUGCGACAGGGGAAGAGAGACAAAAUUGUGCAGCUGUUGAAGGCGUUGAAGGCAUGGGAGGAUAAGCGAAGGGUGAUCGCGCAGUCGAUUGGCAAGGGCUCGAUGCAGGCCGGUCCGUUUAUAGCCCCGGUUACUUGGACUAGUGCAUGAAUGCGGAGAUGAAGGGACUCUUUUUUUUUAUUGCUCAGGUCUGCCUUGUCGCAUACAGUCUGCUGUUGCUUAGGGUGUCUGUCUGUCUAUAUAGCGACGUGUCGAGACACUCAACGUUAUCUACCGCUUCUGUGUUAUGUUGUACUUAUUUGAGGACGGGGUGUCCUGUUAUGUGUAGUUUCUAUAGGCAGCAAGGCAUUGAUUUAUUUUCGUUG